AUGGCCGAAAACAGCUUGGAAGCGAUUCCCGUCUACUUGAAACAGUCGCUUGAUCCUCAAACAGCCAAAGCAGCUGAGAAUCAAUUGAGGUCCUUGGAGCAACAACCUCAGUUUGCUAUUAACCUCUUAAAUGUCAUAGCUGCUACAUCUGUCGAGCCACCAGUUCGCCUAGCUGCAGCCCUAUUCUUCAAAAACCUAAUUCGCCGUCGCUGGGUUAAUGAAGAUGGCGAGUAUUUAUUGCAUGGAGAUGAUGUCCACUACGUCAAGGCGGAGAUCUUAAACAUCAUGGUCAAGUUGCCAAACAACUUGCAAGUGCAACUUGGUGAGUCGAUUUCUAUCAUUGCUGAGCUGGAUUUCCCACACAGAUGGGAGAAUUUGAUUGAUGACUUGGUCGCAAAACUCUCAGGUGAAGAUUUUGUUUUAAACAAGGGUAUCCUUCUAGUUGCCCAUUCGAUCUUUAAGAAGUGGCGUCCCUUAUUCCGUUCUGACGAAUUGUUUUUGGAGAUUAAGAUGGUCUUGGAUAAGUUUGCGGUCCCAUUCAUGGCUUUGCUUGCCCGUACCGACCAACUCAUUGAUGGUGCUAUAGCCCAAAACGACAGAGCUUUGCUUGAAAUUUAUAUGGACUGCUUGCUACUCGAAGUUCAAAUUUACUAUGACUUGAAUUGUCAAGACAUUCCAGAGUUUUUCGAAAACAAUUUGAACGACGGAAUGGCCAUAAUGCACAAAUACUUGAACUUGAAAACAAACUUGGUGGGUGACACUGAUGACGAUGAAGAUGUGGAUGUACUCAUUAAAACUAAGACUGCAAUCAUCCAACUUGUGUCCUUGUAUGUCACUCGUUAUGCUGAAGAAUUCGAUCAUCUUGUGCAGACAUUUAUUACGAGCAUUUGGCAACUCGUUAGUGCCGAGCAUAUUUCAGAACAACAGAAAUAUGACCUUUUGGCCGUUACUGCAUUAAAUUUCUUGUCUUCAAUUGCGCAAAUCCUGAAGUACAAUAGCUUAUUCAACAGCGAACAGGCACUCAGCGAGAUCAUGGAAAAAAUCAUCUUGCCUAAUAUUGCAUUCAGAGAAGCAGACAAGGAACAUUUCGAGGACGAACCAAUCUCCUAUGUGCGUGCUGACUUGGAAGGCACAGAUUUUGAAUCCAGACGUAAAUCUUCAACUGACUUUUUGAGGGAAUUGAAGGAAGUGAAUACUGCUUUGUUGACUACUAGUGUCAUGACUUAUGUCAACCAAUUCUUGUCGCAGCCAAAUUGGGAGAAUAAAGAUAAAGCAAUUUAUUUGUUCUCUUCUCUUGCUGCCAAGGGAUCAGUCACGAAUAUUGGAGUCACGUCCACUAACAUGUUGGUCGAUGUUGUUCAAUUUUUCACUGACAAUAUUGCCUCCUACUUAGUCGGAGAUGCAAAUCCCAUCUUGAAAACUGAUGCCAUCAAGUUUAUCUUAACUUUCCGCAAUCAAUUGACAAAGGAGCAGCUACUAACCACAAUUCCUCUCUUAAUUAACCAUUUGAGAGACCUGAACCCUGUUGUGUACACAUACGCUGCAAUUACAAUUGAUAAGCUUCUCUCAAUGACCGACCUUUCGAACGCAGCCCACGCUCCUGUUUUUAACAAGCAAGAUAUCGGUGGAUCAGUAAACGACAUCUUGGGAAAUUUGUUCUCUCUUAUUUUGGCCACAACCGUUCCUGAAAAAUUGUCUGAAAACGAGUUUUUGAUAAAAUGCGUGAUGCGUGUUCUCAAUACCGCAGAGGACAGUGUUGAUGAGCAAUUUAGAGAGACAAUUAUAAAAAAACUUUUGGAGAUUCUCAGCGUUAUUGCCAAGAACCCAGCCAACCCUCGUUUCACACAUUACGUAUUCGAGAGUUUAGGUUUGUUGGUAAAAUUUAGUCCAAGUAACGAACCAACAACAGCUCAGUCUCUUAUCCAACUUGUUGUUCCGUCUUUACUCCAAAUUCUCAGCGAGGAUGUCCAAGAAUUCGUACCUUAUUCGUUCCAAUUGUUGUCGUACUUACUAGAAAGAUUACCAACUGGACUGGCUUUGCCUGAGCAAUACACGGCUUUAGUGCGGCCACUCUUGCUGCCCGUCGUUUGGGAGUUUAGAGGUAAUGUACCAGGUGUUACAAGGCUACUCAUUGCAAUUAUGGAACGUGACGUCAACCCGUUCACUCAAAAUGAAUUGACCCCACUCUUGGGUGUAUUCCAAAAGCUUAUUGCAUCCAAAACAAAUGACACUUAUGGCUUUGACUUGCUUCAAAGUAUCAUUUUGAACAUCCCUUCAAGCAACUUGUCAGGAUACAUGAACCAAAUUGCUGUCUUGCUUUUAACAAGACUCAAAACUUCCAGAACAGAAAAGUUCAUCAAAAAAUUUGUGUCAUUCCUCACUGCUUUAUGUUGCAUCCCAUUGAACGACAAAUACAAAGGAAGAUCUGAUAUCAAUGCCGACUUCGUUGUUAAAUUUAUUGACUCUGUACAAGCCGGGGUUUUCCGCCAAAUUUUCAAUAGUUUCAUUCUCCCUACUUCUGCAACUUUUGCAAAUUUGCAAGACAAGAAAGUGGCAUGUAUCGGCCUUUCCCAAUUCGUCAUCUCCCAGCUGUUCUCCAGCGAAUACAGCGAUUUAAUUGUUCCCUCAGCAGAACAGUUGUGUACAAACUUGAGCAACUUGAAAGGAGUCGCUGCAAAUUCCCUGAAUAUUGUGGGUAAUACAAUCACUGGAGACGCAAACACAACAUCUGUUGCUAUAAACGAGUUGGAUUUAGAGAGUGCCGCAUAUGGCUCCAACUUCUCAAGAUUAGUCUCAAUACUGAUUAAACCAUUUGAUCCAAUUUCUCAAAUCACAAGCGAGGAUUCAAGGGCAGUUUGCCAAGCGACUGUGUCCAACUUAUCAGGUCUCCUAGGGCAAGGGUUGCUUGGGCAACUUAGCUCUGCAUCGCAAGCCGUUAUUGCCGAAUUUCUGUCCAAAUAG